AAUGUCCGGGUGGGAAAAACAUCCAAGAUGUCUGCCUUGUAGAAAACGUGUGCUUUCCUAGUCGUGUGUGAACGGAGAGUAAAACAAAAUCUAGAGAUUAUAUUCCAAAAGCGAGGCAGUGUGGACAGCUGCCUGAUCCGUCUAGUGAUCGUUUACAUUCUGUUCCUUUUUUUUAUCAGAGUGAACUGAUCACACAUCUAAUCCAGGAAUCAGGUUUAAUGAGAAGAUCAGGAGUACAAACAGAAUGGCAGGUUUGACUUUAUUUGUGCGGAAUUUACCUGCAUCAGCAUCCAGUGAUCACCUGGAGGAGAUCUUCUCUGAAGUAGGACCGGUGAAGCGAUGCUUUGUAGUCAGAGAUAAAGGCUCAGAGAAAUGCCGUGGUAUCGGCUACGUCACGUACUCCAUGGCAGAAGACGCUGAGCGAGCUCUCCGAGAAAUAAAGGACUACGAUGGGCAAAAGAUUUCUGUAGUUCAGGCAAAGAAAAAAGUUUUUGAAAAGAAGCAGGGAAAGAAGAACAAAGCUGAGCAAAAAACAGAGAGUCCACCAACCAACUCUGAACCAACAGAGGAGAAAAGUCAGCAAAAGUCACAAGGCAUGAGGAAGAACAAGAUGAAGGCCAGGCUUAUUAUCCGAAAUCUCAGUUUUAAGUGCUCUGAAGCAGAUCUGAACGACGUCUUUUCAAAAUAUGGGACAGUGCUGGAAGUGAAGAUCCCUCUGAAACCAGAUGGAAAGAAACGAGGAUUUGCUUUCGUUCAGUUUAAGAACAUGCUGGAAGCCGGAAAAGCCCUCGCAGCAACCAACCUGAAAGAAAUUAAAGACAGACGGGUUGCUGUAGACUGGGCCGUGUCGAAAGACAAGUUUAUGGCAAAGCAGUCCGGCAUUGCCCCAGGAGGUAAAAAAGAGGAUGAAAAAAAAGUGACUGAGAGUGAGGAGGAAAAUGAGGAUGAGGAGGAAAAUGAGGAUGAGAAAGAGGAUGAUCAGGCUGCAGAGAAAGAGUCAAUAACACAACAAGAGGACGACUCUGAGGCAGAAUCGCCAUCUGAUGAUGAUGAUGAUGAUGACGAGGAUGAUGAUGAUGAGGAGGAGGAUCAAAGCAAAAACAGUGAGGACGAAGAGGAUAAUGAUUCUGACUCUCUCGAUGCAUCAGAUGAUGAAUAUGGUGAUGAGGAUGAUGAGGAAAAUGUUAAGAAGAAGAAGAAACAGAAGAAUGCUCUUCCUUCAGAUGUGAACGAAGGAAAAACAGUAUUUAUAAGAAACCUGUCUUUUGACACAGAGGAAGAGGGUUUAGAGGAAGUUCUUCUGCAGUUUGGUGAACUCAGAUAUGUGCGUGUUGUGGUGCAUGCUGAAACAGGACAUUCAAAAGGUUGUGCUUUUGCUCAGUUCAAAACAAACCAAGCAACAGAGAAAUGUCUAGCAGUAGCACAGACAGAAUCUGAAGCUGGUGGUGUGAGGGUGGAUGGGAGGAAGCUGAACAUUGUGCUGGCCGUGAGCAGGGAAGACGCUUCCAAACUGAAGAGCAAGAAAGUGAAAACACACACAGGAUCCAGAAACCUGUACCUCGCCCGAGAGGGCUUGAUCCGUCCUGGAACCAAAACAGCAGAAGGAGUUUCUGAAUCUGAUAUGGCGAAGAGGUUGAGGUUUGCAGAGCUGAAGAAGGCAAAGCUGAAGGACGUGAACAUAUUUGUGUCUCGAACGCGACUUUGUGUUCACAACCUUCCCAAAAGUGUGGACCGAAAGCGCCUGUUCAAAAUCUGCCUGUCUGCCGCAGGGGGAGGAAGAGGUGUCCGGAUCAAGGAGUGCCACGUGAUGUACGACAGGAAGCCGGUGCGUGGUGAGCCAAUGGGUCAGUCACUAGGCUACGGCUUUGUGGAGUUUCAGGAGCAUGAUCACGCCCUCCAAGCCCUGCGUCAUCUUAACAACAACCCCAACAUCUUCACACCUGUCAAGAGGCCUAUUGUGGAGUUUUCGCUGGAGGACUCGAGGAAGUUAAAAUUGAAGGCUAUGAGGGAGCAGAAGAGUAAAAUGACAGCUGCCUCUGACUCUGGGGCCAAAAAGCAGUCAACAGGAGCUCAGAAAGGAAGUGAGAAGAACCAGGAAUCUCUGAGCAACCAUUACUCUGGCUUCAGAACCACACCAGAAGUAGAGCACGUGGAGCUGGGAGAUGGCAAAAAACGCCAGAAGAUUCUUCCCAUGCCUUCACAUAUGGGUCCAAAGAUCAGGAAACGGGAUAAAGGUAAACAGACUGCCAAUGUUAAGAAAGUGAAGACGGUUCCCAGCAGGAAAGAGAGGAAGUUACUUCCUUCAAUGGAGAAACCCAGUGAAAACAAGAAACAGAACGCUAAGCCAGCGAAGAGGAAGUUCCAAUCCAGAGAGGAUGAUCGAUUUGACCGUCUGGUCGAACAGUACAAGAAAAAACUCACAGGCACAUCGAAGGACUCUCUCAUCAAGAAGAGCAAAUGGUUUAGUUGAGAGUGUUUGUAAAUUGUGGUGCGUGUACCUGAGUGAGAACAUGCCAAGAAAAAGACUGAAUUUUACUCAGUUUGUCUGGAGCGCGAUACGUUUUAUAUUAAAGAUUGGGGGAAAAAAUUGGACUGAUAA